ACAAGCAAUAUGGAUGGAUACAUGCAACCCAAGACCGAUGAAGCAGACCGACCGGCGUCCAGCUUACCGGGUGACGGGUCUCCUGUCGUCAAGCUCCUCCUCGCACCUUGACCGGCCUCCAAGCGCAGCCGUCGCAUACAUCUAUCCCUUCGUGUUAAUUAGCGGGAACGCCGGCAUCGUCGGCAUCGAUGUGGUCGAGGAGGAGGAGGAUGCGGCGGCGGCGGCGAUACCGCCGCCGCAGACGCCGCUCGAGCCCAUGGAGUACCUGUCGAGGUCCUGGAGCGUGUCCGCGUCGGAGAUAUCCAAGAUCCUCGUCGGAGGCAAGAAGAGCUGCCUCAACAGGCUGCCGCUGCAGGAGAUGGGCAUACCGGAGGCCUCCGCCGUGCUCGCCGCCACGGCCAUCGUCCCGAGCUAUCGACACCACACGGAAGCAAGGCGGAGUUCCAUCAGCGGCAUCGGCCACCACCAGUCCAUCGGCAAAUGGUUCCAGCACAAGGACGCGAGCCGGUCCAGGCAGAGCAGCAACGAGAAGCUGCGCGCCGACAGGGCCCACGUGCACGCCAUGGUGUCCGUGGUCCGCGUCGCGGCCGCGGUGGCCGCCGUUGCGGCGGCGUCCACCAGCUCCGACACCCAGGCCUCCAAGAUGGCCGCCGCCAUGGCGCCGGCCACGGAGCUGCUGGCCUCGCACUGCGUGGAGGCGGCAAGGCUUGCCGGGGCGACACACGAGCAGGUGGCCUCCGCCGUCCAGUCCGCGGUCGGCGUAAGGAGCGCCGGCGAUCUGACGACGCUCACAGCCGCAGCGGCAACCGCGCUGCGAGGAGCUGCGACGAUGAAGCAGAGGGUCCAGCGGGAGGCGGCGAGGAGCAACGCGAGCGUUCUUCCUUACGAGAAGGGCCAUUCGUGGAGCCCUGAUGUCUGGUGCAAGGAGGGUGAGCUGCUGAAACGCACAAGAAAAGGGGAUUUACACAGGACAAAAGUAUCUGUCUACAUCAACAGGAGGUCUCAGGUAGUGCUGAAGCUGAAAAGCAAGCACAUUGGAGGUGCACUGUCCAAGAACAACAAGAGCGUGGUUUACGGCGUAUACAGUGAGCUUCCGACGUGGGUGAUCGAGCCGGGAAAGGCCUUCAUGGAUGAGAAAUGCUGCUUCGGCCUGAGCACGGCGCAAGGGAUCGUGGAAUUCGAGUGUCAGGACGGCACGAGUAAGCAGAACUGGGUCGAUGAUGUGCAGAACCUGCUUCGACAGGUUGCUCCAGAUGAUCGUGUGGGAAAUAAGCUGGAGUCGGUAGUGAAAAUGGGUUGAUGUGUGAGCCGUUUUCUCGGUGUUAAGGUGAUAGUAUGUUGUGAUAUAAGGGGGUUGUUACAUAUGACAUAAUGAUGUUGAUGAUACUCUUGUGAGGCAGUUUAGUUUAGCUCUGUAUUUGUAAUGCAUACAAAAGGAUGUGAUAGAGAGUUAGUAGAUUUUACUAUGUGUGUUCCUCUAUUAAGCUCGCCGUGUUAGUGACAAAAUGGCAGAUUUCAUGCCUUUGGUGCAAAGAAAUGAGAGAAGACUCACUGGUU